CAACUCUUAUUUUAAGCUUUGACUUAUAAAUUUAAGUAUUUAAGAGAGAAUAAUUUAUGAAGUUCUUUAAUUGUAUUUACAUGUAUAGUUAUCUGUGGCAGAAUUAUAGCCAAGUCUUGGAAACUUCCUUGCAGUGGCCCGUGAGAAACUAAAAAAAACAUCGCAGAAAGGGACCAACUCGAAAGGUGUAACUCGUAGACACCCCCGGGCAAACAUCUACAUUUAAAAAAAAAAAGAAAAAUUCUAGUUAAAAAAAUUGCAUCUAUUUGGCAUCUUGGCAAUUGUAAUUUUAUCAUGUCAAAUGAAAGUGGUAUUGAAGAUCCAUUAAAGCCUUCAACAAAGUCAUCGUUGCUUCCAUUUAAACUAAAGUGGGUAUUUGGAUAUCAAACAAGGGUCUUCCCUGUGAGUUUAUCUUCUCCAUCUCUGAAAAAUGUUUUCUUUGUUGCUGGUUCUACAGGAAUUUGUUAUGAUUGGAUUAAUUGCACACAGCAUAUGUUAUUUGGUCAUACCACUGACAUAACUUGUGCUACAGUUAGUGAAAAUAAGACUUAUUUAGCUACUUCAGCAAGUGGAUCUGAAAACACAAUUAUUGUUUGGAAUUUAAAAACAAAGAAUAAGAUAUUUUGCCUCUCUGGAUAUUUUUCUGUGGAAAGUGUGAUAUGGAUUACAUUUUCUUUGAAUAACAAUAUAUUGAUGACUUUAAGUGAUGGAAAACCACAAGGUCUUGCUUUAUGGGAAUGGAAAUCGCAAAGUACAACUCCCUUUUGUUCAUAUAAGUUUAAAGCUAAUAAAUUUCAGCACCAUGUGGUGUUUCACCCUAAUGACUCUUCUCAUUUUGCUUCUACAAGUGAAGAUAAUGUUUAUUUUUUCGAAAAGAAUGAAAAUGGUUUAUUGUCAUCUGCUGUAGAUUUAAAAGCUCUGUAUGAUGAGAAAAUGUGUUUAAAGGCUGGAAAAUUCACUCAGACUGCUUUUAGUGUAAUGUCAUCUUUGGCCUAUACUGGAACUUCUAAAGGCAAAAUUGUUGUUUGGGGACUUCCUCUCUACAAAACAAAAACAGAAAGUUCAACAUCAUUACUGACAGUAAAUCCAGAAGAGAGAAUAUGUCUUCGUAUGGUGCAAGUUAUUACAAGCAGAAGUAGUAUUUCCUUUCUGACUGUCAUUAAAGAAAAUAUUGUUAUUGGAACUCAGGAUAGUCAUAUUUGCUUUUACAGUGAAACUUUUAAAUUAAUCUGGUCUAUUGAUGUGGAAGAUGGUCCAAUAAUGACUCUGUCAUUUAAUUUUAAACCAAGAUUCACCUUUAAGGAAGUGGUUAUGAGGGUUUUAGGAAAAAAUGUGAAGAAAGAAAAAUCUUUUGAAAAAUUGAAUGAUUUUAUGGCAAGCACUGCAUAUGGUUUAACUGUCUAUGUUAACAGUAAUACCAAGGAAAUUCAAACAAUUCUUUCUGGAACUGCUUCUACUGUCAAAACAGUUGCUGUUCACCCUCAUUUGCCUUAUAUUUAUUUUGGAGAUGGUUUUGGAAAUUUACAGAAGUGGAAUUACAAAACAAAGGUUAUGGAGAAAAAGAUUCUUUAUAAAGAUUCUAGUAUUGGUGUAGAAUAUUUAACUGUUGACAGCACUGGUAACUAUUUAGUUGGAGCUUUCACAGAUAAUAGCAUAGUAGUUUUUGAUUGUAUCGCCCUAUCUUCUAAGCCCUGUUUUGUUUAUGAUCAGAUGAGAUUUAAAACAUCUGCUAUAAAAUUUUCUCCAGAUCCUCAAUAUUUCAUUGUUGUUGAUGAUGGAUCUUUUGUUACUCGCUUUCAAUUGCAUUUACUAAUACCCUCAGCCCUUGAUCAAAUCAAAGAUGAGGGAAGCAGUUUAUCUGAAGAGCCUUUAUGGUGCUUUAAGGGCAAAACUCGUCAACACCGUGGUUAUAUUGUAGAUACUCUUUUUAAUGUUCCAAAUGAAGGAGAAAACAUAUAUUUCUUUACUCUAGGUGAAGAUUUUUUAGUGGUUCAAUAUAACAUAUCUUCUUUAAGAAGUAAAGACAUAGAAGUAGUUAAAUUUAUCAAGUUGGAUAAAGCAUCAGCUCCUAUUUGCAUGUGUUGGUACCCUUUGUAUAAUCUUCGUGACCUUUUGGGUGUAACUAGUUCUGAUGGAAAACUUCGUGUUUAUGAUAUUGAUACUGAGAAUUUAGUACGGUUUGUUUCGUUGCCAUCUUUUGGAGAGCCAUAUAAAAAGAAUUUAUAUUUAAGCUAUCUUGAUGAUGAUAUUGGCAGUGAUGCAGAGUGUCUAAUGUUUUAUUCUGCUCAUUUGAUUGGUCUUACUAAAUUUCCGGUUGAUGGAAAUCCUUAUUCCAGUUUAGCCAUCCCAUCACAUGUUAAAGGAAUAAGUACAGCAUUAACAAAUUAUGAUCAAACAUUUUUAUUUACUGCUGGUGUCGAAGAUUCUUGGAUCUUUAUGUAUGAAAUUAACUUUGGAGCUGUGCUUCAGUCUCAGAAGUCAGGUGGUCAGGGAAUCGAUGCCUUUCUUAGUGUAUUACCAUCCAUUGAAAAUCAACAGGAUGUUAAGCAAAAACUUAUAUAUGGUAUAUAUGCACUUGAGUUGGAAACGAAAUUGCUAAAUUUCGGUGCAGAUCAAGAUCCUGUUUUGAAAGGAGAGAUACCAAUUAAUUGCUUAGAGUACAUUAUGGCAGUUAUGGGGUAUUUUAUGACUCCAAAAGAUUUACAGCUGAUGUUAAAUGAUCUUGAGUUUGAAAACUCACAUUUGCAUGAAGGAAAGAAAACUACUUUAAAUUGCCUUGAUAUUGUCAAACUGUAUCUAAAUUAUAGACCUGAGGAGCCACUUAACCGAGAAAAGAUUAAACAGUCUUUUAAAGAAGUUUUAUCUGCUGAAGAAAAUCCUGAAAAACUUGCCAGAUCUAGUUUUCUUCGUAUUUUGGAAUUUCGAGGUGAUCAGCUGCCACGCAAGGAACUUCUUACCAUUCUUAAAUGUUUAAAAGGUACUGGGGAUAUUGAUACUCUACCAAUGCAAUUGGAUGAAGGAAAUAUACAGGAUAAAAACUUGUUAGAUCCUGAGAAUAAGAUUUUAAAUGAUCAAGAAGAGUUAGAACGUUUAAUACCUGAUACCAUCACUGAAAAAGUAUUCUUGCAAGAUGUACUUUGUUUAGAUGAGCCAAAAGAAGACUUGUCAAAAUAUAUUUUGAAAAAAGGUGAUUAUAAAUUAACACAAGGCAAACCCAAAAUUGAAGAUUUUAUUAUUGCUGCUCAAGAACUGAAUUUGUUUAAUGAAACAAACAAAUGACUUACAACUUAGUUUGCUACUUUCUCUUUAUUAUUUUCUGUUACUUUACAAAAUUGGUUAUAAAGAUAUUUGACAUUAAAAA